CUUACUUCACUUACAGAGUUUAUAUGAAAGUUGAAUAACUAUGCAACCAGGGUCUCUAAGUAGAAGUUCUUACAAAUCCUAAGAUGCUGCAGGGUACUGAGAGAGGAUAAAGCCCUCUCCAAUCUCACACUCAGUGAAAAUAGCAAACAAAAGGCUUCAGUGGUAGUAGAAAACUAAGUUCUUCAAAAGCAGGUAAAGGUCCUGUUUACUCCUUCCCGAGAGCUGAGAAAGGGUUUUCAGAUUAUAAGUAACAGAGUUGCCCUUGUAUGGCACAGAACUGGGAUAAGAUUUUACUUCUUAGGGGCUUAAAUAAUGAAGUCAGUGGAACAGGACUGAAAACGAACAUAAAGAACAGCUUUAGCUUUGACGCAAAGAAUUGCAUCAGUGCUUGACAAAACCGAAGAUUCUUAAUUUUUAAAAACGCUUCCUUUAAGCACUUCCUAACCUUUCAUUAUCUGAGACAACAUAUCAAAUGAGCAGCAGUACAAAGGAUGCAUGUGAUUUCGAAAUGCCACAAUUGAGCCAACUGCAGUUGCACGCGUAUGUAGCAUGGAGGCGGGAUCAAAAAAAAAGAAUAUAGGGAGUAUAGGGUUUCAUCUGCAUAAAAAGAUACUCUCCCCAUCUUCUAUAGCAUUAAGUUUUGCGAAGGUAAGUUUCUCCCCGCUUGAAAGCGCCCCCCAGGGACAAGAAUUCAUCCUGAUCAAGCCUAAGGCCGUGGCAGGCAAGGUGUUGAGUCACCGGGUACAGCGGUCAUGCGACAUAAAUAUUAUUUGAUGACGAAGGUACUCCAGGCUCAGGUUCCAAGGUAAACCACUGGCAAAGAUGACCGUGGUUAAGGCAUUAGAAAGCAGGGUCGACACUGAGACGCACUUCCAGCCCUACAGGGACUGUAUUUUACGAUUGAGGCAAACUUCGAGUCUCCUCAUGUGACAUGCGUGUACUCCUGGAUGGUUUUAAUUAGGCGAAACGCGAUUUGCAGCGUGAUUCCCUCCAGUCGAUAGAGCGGAAUCUCUCUGGCUCCCACCCCUUCUUAACCUCAGGCUUCCUGCAUCCCGGAGUCCCCCUGGCAGCCCCUUCCCUCCCCCGCCCAGGGAUGCUCCGGCUCGGCGCUUAGCCAUUCAUCAACCGGUUCACACCGGUGGCGGCCGCCGCGGAGUGACGUCCGCGGGGGCGGGCCUCCGCCCCCGCCUGUAGGCGCCUGGCUCGCAGUUCCAGGCCGCGAUUGGUGGCUGCAGGGUUGCACGUCGCGCUGGCUAUAAAGGGGAGGGCUUGUGACGCAAGGGCGCCUCGGCGCGUGUAUUGGCUCCUUCGGCUGCGGGCCGGCUAGGCUACGCGCUCUGCUCGGAGCCGCUCACUGCAUGGUAGAGUCUGGUGCCCCCGCCGCCGCCUGCAUCGCCGCCGCCGCCGCUCCGCCACGACCACCGCCGCCUCCUGCCCUGCAGCCGCCGCCACCGCCUGUGUCGCCGCCGCCUCGGGACCGGCUGUAUGAUUAGGCCACAAUCUUCAAUGAGUAAACAUAUUCCUCAAUUCUGUGGUGUUCUUGGUCACACAUUUAUGGAGUUUCUGAAGGGCAGUGGAGAUUACUGCCAGGCACAGCACGACCUCUAUGCAGACAAGUGAACUAUAGAGAUUGAUUGCUACUCCACCAAGAAGCCCCCAUAAGAGUGGUUAUCCUGGACACAGAAGUGUUUAAUUGAAAUCCACAGAACAUUUUACAAGAGUUCUGACCUGAAUGGGGUAAACCUCAGUGCACUUCUUUUCUGUUGCCUCAGUAUUACUGGAUUGAAGAAUUGCUGCUUCUUGUUAGGAGGUUCAUUUCAUUUAUCAUUACUUAACAACUUCAUACUCAAAGCACUGAGAAUUUCAAGUGGAGUAUAUUGAAGUAGACUUCAGUUUCUUUGCAUCAUUUCCGUAUUCAGUUUUUUAAAUUAUUUCAUAACCCUAUUGAGUGUUUUUUAACUAAAUUAACAUGGCUCGAAUGAACCGCCCAGCCCCCGUGGAAGUCACGUACAAGAACAUGAGAUUUCUUAUUACACACAAUCCAACCAAUGCGACCCUAAACAAAUUUAUAGAGGAACUUAAGAAGUAUGGAGUUACCACAAUAGUAAGAGUAUGUGAAGCAACUUAUGACACUACUCUUGUGGAGAAAGAAGGCAUCCGUGUUCUCGAUUGGCCUUUUGAUGAUGGGGCACCACCGUCCAACCAGAUUGUUGAUGACUGGUUAAAUCUUGUAAAAAUCAAGUUUCGUGAAGAACCUGGUUGUUGUAUUGCUGUUCAUUGCGUUGCAGGCCUUGGGAGAGCUCCAGUACUUGUUGCCCUAGCAUUAAUUGAAGGUGGAAUGAAGUAUGAAGAUGCAGUACAAUUCAUAAGACAAAAGCGGCGUGGAGCUUUUAACAGCAAGCAACUUUUGUAUUUGGAGAAGUAUCGUCCUAAAAUGCGGCUGCGCUUCAAAGAUUCCAAUGGUCAUAGAAACAACUGUUGCAUUCAAUAAAACUGGGGUGCCUAAUGCUAUUGAAAGUAGAAUCUGAGAUACGACCUAAUUUGUUAUACAUAUUAGCCAACGUAUUGGCUUAGUAAGUCUGAUGAAGCUUCCACAGGAGUAUUGAAAGGCAUUUUUACGAGGCCACAAGCUAGACAGAUUUGGCAACCUCUGUGUUUGGGUUACAGUCAACCUAUUUGGACACUUGGCAAAAGAUUCUUGUCAGCAUAUAAAAUGUAUCUGUCAUUCGUACCAAUUGACCAUUCCCAAAAUCAUGUAGUAUUGAGUUAUGACUUGUUUCAAUCUAUUCCCAUGCCAGAAUCUUAUCAAUACAUAUGUAGGAAGAUUUAGGUGCCAAAAUACCCAGCACAAUACUUAUAUAUUUUUAGUACCAUACAGAACUAAAUCCCAGGAACUAUGAACACUCUAGACCUUAUGUGGUUUAUUCCUGCAAUCAUUUCAGACAUUGAAAGUAGGGCCUACAUGAUUAUUUGCCUGCUCGCUUUAUGUUUACAUCUCCCACAUUCAUACAUCAGGUUUGCUUAACCAUUGAAUUUUUUUUUAACCAAGUCUUAAAAUGAUUAUUUAAUGUGUUUCUAUAAAUCUCACUUUCUGUUGUUAUUAAAAAAACCUCCAUUUUGAAAAUCUACAUUGUACAGAAGCACAUGUCUUUAAUGUCUUCAGACAAAAAAAGCCUUACAGUUAAUUUAAUGUUUGCACUCUGAGGUGCAACUUAACAGGGAGGGCCUGAGAAAGAAUGGGAGGGGUCUGUUAAUUAUUUUUAGCAAAAUGUUGCCUUUGUCUUGUGCAGAACAUGUAGAAUAUGCUCUUUAAUUUAGUAAAAUAUUUUUUUAAAAGGUAGAGAUGCUUUGUUAUUGUAAUCAUAAACUUCCUGAAAUUCUUGUAAUUUUUUUUCCAUACUUAUCAGAAGUUGUAUACCAACUUAUUUUUGUUCGAAAGUGUGAUUCUUUUUUUUUCCUUCCGAGCCUCUCUUGCAAAAAAAGAAGUGGGUUUCUGCUAAUGAAUUGAGCAGACAUCUAAUAUUUUAUAUGCCUUUGAGCUCUGUAACUUAAUAUUUGGAUACUUGAUAAUUUGUUUUAUUAUGUAAUUGAUAAAAUGGUGAUGUGUAUUAAUGUUUGUUCAACCAUGUAUUUAUACUGUCUGGGGAUGUGUGGUUAUAGUUCUGUGGGAGAAAUAAUUUGUCAGUGUUCACCAGCUUGUAAAAACUUAGUGCGAGAGCUUAAACAUCUAAAUAAAUAAUGAAAUGCAUUUAUCAUCA